ACGUUCAUAACAUACUGGCGACCACUACACCAGUUUCGACAUAUUGCUUUUUACGCCUAUUGCCACGGUCGCAUGUAUAUGAUGGGCGCAUAGAUCUCGUAGAUCGGUGCCUAUCAUUUCAAGUACCCAUGAUUUUGCCCCAUACGGUCCAUAUGGUCACCUGUCUACAUCCCCCGUACCCCGGUCGUUAAUUCUCUGAGCUACUAUAUAGCACGCAUCAUGUACUUGGGGCAAGCUUGAGUUCUUCCCUCCUGCACCUGUUUCUCAAAAAGAAGCUGUGAAGAACUGACGCAAUGGGUAAAGGCUACAAUGCGGCUAUCGCGUCCAAUCCCUACAUCGUAGGCUCAUUCGCAUGUAUUGGUGGAGGCCUCUUCGGUUUGGACAUGUCGUCCAUGUCCGGGGUACUCAAUAACCCUGCUUAUGCUACGGUGUUUCAAAACCCCGGAUCAAAUGCUCAAGGAGGAAUUGUCGCUGCUAUGCCUGCCGGAUCGCUUGUUGGUGCCCUCAUGGUCACAUAUCUUGGUGACAAGAUUGGCCGAAAAAAGACGGUCAUUGUGUCUGGAAUGAUUUGGGUCGUUGGUUCUAUAUUGCAAUGUGCUGCAAUAGACCGUGGAAUGCUUUGUGUUGGCCGUGUGAUCUCUGGUAUCGCCGUUGGUUUAGCAUCUGCUGUGGUUCCCUUGUACCAAUCAGAGGUGACUGCCCCUGCUAUUCGUGGACGUCUCGUAUCUUUCCAGCAAUGGUCGAUUACUUGGGGUAUCAUGCUUCAAUACUUCGUCGAGUUCGGUUGCUCAUAUAUCAACGGCACUGCUUCCUUCCGCAUUCCAUGGGGCCUCCAGAUGAUUCCUGCUAUAAUCUUGUCCUUAGGAAUGAUGUUCUUCCCGGAGUCACCUCGAUGGCUCAUUGACCAUGAUCGCGAAGAAGAGGCUCUCGAAAUCCUUGCCGAUCUUCACGGUGGCGGAAACCAGGAUGAUGAACUCGUACAGCUCGAGUUUGAGGAAAUCAAGCAGCAAGUGCGAUUUGAGCGAACUGAGGGUGCCAAGUCCUACAUGGAUCUACUGAAACCCGGUAUCCUUCGUCGUGUCGGUCUCGGAUGCUCCAUGCAAAUGUGGUCUCAACUUACCGGUAUGAAUGUCAUGAUGUAUUACAUCAUCUAUGUGUUCGAAGGUGCUGGUUUAACUGGUCGCCGUGCUAACCUUAUCGCGGAUUCCGUUCAAUACGUCCUCAACGUUGUGUUUACCAUUCCUGCCAUCAUCUACAUUGACCGAUGGGGACGACGCCCCAUGCUUAUCAUCGGAACAUUGCUUAUGGGUUUCUUCCUCUUCUUGGUCGGUGGUCUCCAGGCUCGCUUCGGCCACUGGGGUGAAAGUGAUAGUGCUCGAAUUUGGGUGGUCACUGGCAACCAGCCUGCUACGAAUGCCAUUAUCGUUUGCUCUUACCUCUUUGUGAGUAGCUUCGCCAUCACCGUGGGCCCUGUCUCGUGGACGUAUCCCGCCGAGAUCUUCCCCAUGCGCGUCCGUUCCAAGGCUGUUUCCAUUGCUACCGCCACGAAUUGGUUGUUCAACUUUGCACUUGCAUGGGCAGUUCCCCCUGGUUUGUCUACUAUCGCGUGGAAGACCUAUUUCAUCUUCGGUACCUUCAACUUUGCCGCAUGUAUUCACUUCUUCUUCAUGUUCCCCGAAACCGCUCAGCGAACUCUGGAAGAAGUCGAAGAUAUCUUCGCACAAGGUCACACGUACAGUGCCUGGGCCAUCUCUCGUGACGUCGGGAAGAAGACGGUGCAGGAUAUCAGGAACGCGGAGAAAGCACGAGAUUACAACGAUGAGAAAGAGGGGUCUAUUGAAAAGAGCGCCUAAGCAAUACAUAUUAACGAGUUAUGAUUAACGCCGCCUUCUAUUUUCUAUUAUUUUCUACUUUUGUAACUUUGUACGACUUAUGGUUUCUAUUAUUUCCACAAUCUUGCGCUAAAUGCUACUUGUCGUGGUUUUACAGUGGU